AUGGCAAGCAAGCAAAUUAAAACAGUCAUUGAAAAUACCUUAGGUGAAAAGGUUAAAGAAAUUGAUGAUACAAUCAUCGACUACAUUGUCGGUGUUUUCCAAGAUGACGGUGUUUCAAGUGAUAUGGAUGAAAUCAUUGAAAUCCUUUCACCAUUAUUAAUGGAUACCUACGUUGAUGAUAGCGAUCAAGUAAACUCAAUCAUUACCAAACUUAUUGAUGGUUUAGUCGAUGAAAAAUUAAUCACCAUUAAACAAAAACAAUCAAUUACUCAAUUAGAAAGACCAGUUAGUCUUAUUAGAUUGGAUGAUAGAGUUGAUGCUGCAGUUGGUUGGAUGAAACCAGAUGAGGGUAUUUCUAUUGUAAACAAAGAUCAAUUAGAAGCAAAUGAAAAACGUUAUAAUGAAAGAAAAGAAAAACGUCAAGCUAAAGAAGAAAGAAAGAAAUUAAGACAAAAUGCCGCUUUAGCAGCAUUAAAUGCAUUAAAAGAACAACAAACCAUGUUGGCCUCAACCAUUCGUGGUACCAAUCAAUCAAGAGAUAUUAAAGUUGAAUCAUUCAAUCUUUCAUAUGGCAAGAUGGAUUUAAUCAUCAACUCUGACCUCAGUCUUAACUAUGGUCGUAAAUAUGGUUUAAUUGGUCGUAAUGGUACAGGUAAAACCACUCUCUUACGUCACAUUGCCAGCAGAGAAAUUGGUAUUGAUAAUAAUCUUUCAAUUCUUCACGUCGAACAAGAAGUUUCUGGUAAUGAUUCAACAGUUAUUGAGUGUGUAUUGGAAGCCGAUGUAGAAAGAGAUCGUCUUUUAAAAGAAGAAAAACGUAUCAAUUCACUCCCAGAUAACGAAAGACUCAAUCUUUCAAGCAGAAUCCAAACUAUUUACGAAAGACUCAAUGUUAUUGAUGCCCAUACUGCCGAAGCAAGAGCAAGUUCAAUUCUUUCAGGUUUAGGUUUUACAGAGGAAAUGCAACAAACAGAAACCAAAAACUUUUCUGGUGGUUGGAGAAUGAGAGUUUCUUUAGCUCGUGCCCUUUUCAUUCAACCAGACGUUUUAUUACUCGAUGAACCAACCAAUCAUUUAGAUUUAUUCGCUUGUUUAUGGUUAGAAAGUUAUUUGGUAAACUGGAGCCGUACUUUAGUUAUUGUAUCCCAUCAACGUGAAUUCCUCAACGCUGUUUGUACCGAUAUUAUGCAUUUAAAUAACAAAAAGAUCGAUUACUACAAAGGUAACUACAGUGUCUUUGAAAGAACUCGUUCAGAUCGUCUUAAAUCACAACAACGUGCUUUCGAUGCUCAACAAUCACAAAAGAAACAUAUUCAAGCAUUCAUCGAUCGUUUCCGUUACAACGCCAAGCGUGCUAAAAUGGCUCAAUCACGUAUUAAACAAUUAGAGCGUAUGGAAGAUAUCAGUGAAGUUUUAGACGAUCCAACUGUUACACUUCAAUUCUUAGAGCCAGAACCAUUAAAUCCACCAAUUCUUCAAUUCCAAGAUGUUUCAUUCGGCUAUUCACCAGACAAACUUUUAUUCAAAAAUCUUAAUAUUGGUAUCGAUAUGAGCAGUCGUGUUGCUUUGGUUGGUGCCAAUGGUGCAGGUAAAACUACUCUUUUAAAACUCUUAUGUGGUGAAUUAAAUGAAACCAGUGGUUUAAUCAUUCGUAAUGGUAAAUUAAGAUUCUCACGUUUCUCCCAACAUUUCGUUGAUCAAUUAGAUCUCUCCAAAUCACCAUUAGACAAUUUCCUCACCAAAUACCCAGGUACAAAUCCACAAACUGCUCGUUCACAUUUAGGUAAAUUCGGUCUCUCUGGUGAUAUUGCUUUACGUACUGUAAAUACAUUAUCUGGUGGUCAAAAAUCUCGUGUCGUUUUAUCUCAAAUUGCCUAUACCAAACCACAUAUUUUAUUACUCGAUGAACCUUCCAAUCAUUUGGAUAUCGAUACUGUCGAUGCUCUUUGUCAAGCUCUUAACGAAUUUGAAGGUGGUAUUCUUUUAGUUUCUCACGAUGAAAGAUUAAUUUCUUUAGUUUGUGAUGAAAUUUGGUAUUUCGAUGGUGAAGAAAAUGAACCAAAAGAAGUCAAAAACUUUGAUGGUGAUUGGGAUGAUUAUAAAAAACAAAUUUGGAACCUUUAA